ACAAUUUUCAAAAGGAUAAUGCCACCCGGACCACUUCCCGCCUUAAUGAAAAGCGAAUGGCUCAAGUGUCCGCGAUGUAAGACGAAACAGCUCAAGCCAGAGCUCAUCAGCACCGAACCCAAUGGAUCCGAUAAUAUUUGGUGGAUAUGUGAGGCUGUUCAGAAAUGUCAAUUCCCAAUGGAUAUGCCUCCACACGUCUAUCAUGUCGUCCAAACUGCCUUCCAAAAGCGUCAAAAAUGCAUUCCCCUGCCACGCAUUGAGAAGCUUCCCGAGAAAUAUCAAUAUCUGUAUCCCCUGACGUUCGCCAACUCUCGACCGGUCUCCCGUUGCUCAUCAGUGGCUGGAAAUUCUGAAAAUUCUGAAAAUCGAGCCGCCAGAAACUCGUUGGACGGGACGACGACGACGACGACUACGAUUUCUGAGAAAUCCAGUGGUCAGAAUAGGCUAAAAGCUGAAAGUCUUCAUUCCGAAACUGUUAAUAAUACAAAUACCCCUUCAACGUCUUGCUCGGCAGAAGCUGAGCUUGAAAAUCAGAGUAUUGAUGAUGUGGAAAUUGAAGAAGAAGAGGCCGUCAGGCCGUGUAGGACUAUUAAGCGACGGCUUAAUGAUUCUGGAAAAUCGUGGGCUUCGUUGAUAGAAAAAGUUGCGGCCGACUCGAAAGCGUCGAAUACUAUUAUAAAUAUGGAGGAAUCCGAAUUAUUCCGUCGUAUGCAGGAGUUUUUCGAUGCUCACUACUUCCAGCGUACUCCGAUGACCUAUAAGCGUUCAAGAGCGGCUUUACGACUUCCCUAUCGGAUAGAAGACAUUGAAAAUUGUCUACAAUCAAUAACUCGUGAAGAUUGGAAAACUGCCCGACGUCGAAUGAUUAAUUUCACUGUAGAAGAGAAAAUGGUGGCGAGAAGUGGAAAUGCGGAUGAGUUGCUGAAAAGUGUUGGAAUUGAUUUGCAACAAAUUAAGAAAGCUGUCGGAGAGAAAGUUGGCAAUGUUAUGCGCAACUUCAGCCUGGCAAGCCUGGCGAAGCGUCGAAAAAUCGAAGAGGAUCGUAAAAUCUCGGAGAAACUGAAAGCGGAAACCCGUAAGCAGACGAUUCAUCAAUCGGUUUCUGCGAGAAUUCUGAACAAGAAGCUUCGACGUGACGAGGAAACGGCAAGAUCCUUGACGAGUACACCAUCUCCGGCUCCAGCUCCAGCUUCUCAAUUCCAGCAGGAGCCGGAGCCUGUGCAAUUCCAUGUGGGAAAUUAUGACGAAGAGCCGGAGUACCAGGAGCACCAGGAGCCAGAUGCUCAUUGGGGCUUUGAAUUUGACGAUCUCUACGAGAGAAUUGAUGCUCAGAAUCAUCAGGCGGCACCACUGGAUCCGGCUGAUCCACUGGAGGCGAUGCUUCUCGGAUUGGAAGAAGCUCCGAUUAUGGAGCAACACCUCGAUUUUGAGCCCCAAGAGCAUUCGGGUGAUGAAGCGGAGCCUGAGAAUGAUGAUGAUGAUGUUUUUACGGGUUUUAAUGUUCAGGAGAACUCGGAAUUUGUUAAUGAUAAUUUUGAUUUUUAAUUCUUCUCGUUUUUUCCCCCGCUUUUUUACUUGAAAAUUGGAAUUUUUAGAUGGAAAUUGGCAAAAUAGCGGAUUUUUAGCAAAAUUUUCCCCUGAAAAAAAUAAAUUCCCUGAAAAAUUUAAAAAAAAAACCGAUUUGCCGGAAAUUUUCAAUUCCGGCAAAUUACCGAUUUGCCGGAAAUUUUCCAUUCCGGCAAAUCGGCAAUUUUUCUGUUUGCGGGAAUUUUUCAAUUCCGGCAAUGUUCCGGUUUGCCGGAAUUUUUCAAUUCCGGCAAUGUGCCGGUUUGCCAAAUUGCCGGAAAUUUUCCAUUCCGGCAAAGUGCCAAUUUGCCGGAAAAAAUCGUUUGCCGAACGUUUCAACAGUUUUUAAUUAAUUAAAUUUCCCGCCGACAAAUUAGGUCUUCUCAGAAAAUUUGAAAUUCCCGCCAAAAUAUUCGAUUUAAAAAAUUUCAAUUUUUCUUGAAAAAUUGUGAAUUAGGAAUAUUUUUUUCCAUCCUUUUCCUCUUGAAAUUCCACUUUUUCCCCCUCGAUUUCUCAAUUUUUCCCCAUUUUUUUUGCAAAAAGUUCCUUAAUGCUGGUACCUUUUUUUAAUGAUCAUUUUUUGUCUGCCUCUUUCUUUUUUUUUUUUAAUUGUAAUUUUUUGUUUUGUUGAAAAAACCUCCC